AUGGCAGACAUAAACCACCACAUCGCACCCUUGAUCCCGGCCGCAACCCACGCGUAUUCAGCACCGUCGCCGCGCCCUCCUUUUGUGGACCUUCUCUUCCCGUUCCUGGCACACAAGGCCGUUGGAACGGGCUGGACGGCAACCCACACCCACCAGACAAUAUCCACGAGAGCCUAUUCGGACACCCGCUGCCUGCCGCCUGGAGCUGUUCCCCGUCGACGACCAAUCAUCUCUGCUGAAGUCGACGUUGCACUUCCCAGUCGCCUGUCCCGAUGCCAUCACGGAGCAUGCCGAAGACAACCCCACUCUCGCCCUUUAGCUGUCGUGUCCUGCCUUGUCUCAACCGUCCAGGCAUUACCACGAUGGCUGCUCCUAACUCCCCAUCGCCGUCCAGACACGGCCAAGGACAACCUGAGCCCGUCACCCCGUCGCCUCCGCCACGGUUUGGGCCGUGUUUGGAAGCAGGCUGUUCUCCCGCAUCGCAUGUGGGUAAUAAGGCCACAAACACCCCCUCCGCGGCCUUACAGCCUACAACUUCCAAACCGCCCAGUUGCACAUCGAGACGCCUGGGACACACCUAGGCCCCCCCUUCAAGCCUGGGCUGAGCUCGACUUCCCAAAGGAAGAGCCAGCAAGUGGCCAGUUCGGGCCUUUCACUUUCUUUCCGCCUCGUCGUACUCUCGAUUUUUACGAUACGUAG